AUGGGUGUUAGUGAUUGAUUAGCUAAAUGUUGUUAUUUUAAUUUCAAUGAUCCCUAGAUGAAUAAGAAUGGCCGGUGUAUUUCCAGUGCCUGUCAAAACAACAGGACGAAAACAAUGGACACUAUACAAUGGAGGGAAAGGCAUCAAACGUCUUGGAAGCCCCCUCAUGGAUGAUGACUGGUGUCCAGAUUCACAGGUGGUUUUGGCAAAAAAGCUACUUGAUGAGAAAUGUGGGCCAUGGAUAGGCCUACUACCUAAGGAGGUAUUUUGCCUCAUCAACUACCCAUCUUCAUCUCUCCCAGUGUGUAGUAUUAUUCUUCCAUUCCUGCCUGCCAGUUUCCUUUGGUCCCUCUCUUCUUGGUACUUACAUUGUUUCUUGGGUCCUCUUCCUGAUCUAGAUGUAGACCAGGAGGAGAAUGCCAGGCUGGGGGUGUAUUGGUUGAUCAAAGCCUCAGAACAGGGACAUCAAGAGGCAACAGAUUUACUCAGCCACUGCCUUCAAACUGGUCAAGGUAUUUGUGAGCACAACUAUGUGGACGUAAGGGCUUGUCUUGAUAUGCCUCAAGAAGAAAAGCUAGCUCGGUGUGCAGCUCGGAAGGUGUUUGAAAGCAUGUCUGCAGGAGAAGAUUUCAUAACAAGUGACCAACUUCAGGAUAGAAUGACUCGUUUGGAUGAACAAAAAGGACAGAGAGUGGAAGAUCAGCCAUCUACAUCAAGUGGUGAGACAACUGACCCCGAUUCUCUGCUGAUCUUUCUCUGCUGAUACUUGUGUUCUGUCAUUCUGCACUGGCCAUUAUGA